AUGUCUCCACGCGGGCCGUCUCCGACUCAGCGUCCUCCUGACAUCGGUCUCCCAGGUAGUGACUGCCCUGCUUUCGACCCCGGAUGUCUUCGUGACCAUCAUAGACAUACCGCGACUAGUACCGAGCCCAGCGGGGGUUCCGCCGAUCCAGCGUCUUCAACAGUAGCUGGCUCAAGCACUGCACUAACGGCGUCGACAACGACGGCCAAUGCGGCGUCAACAACUGACACAUCAAGCGCAGAUGGGUCUACACCAGCACCCUCGUCUACCGAUACAGACACAGAUGCCGGGAGCACUGGGGCGACAAGUACAAAUCUCGGGACCAGCUCUGUUGCGCCGUCAGCAACAGAUUCGUCAAGCACACAGACCGUAGCGUCCUCCCCCAACACCUCUUCCUCCGCGGUCCCCAGGACGUCCUCUUCCGCUUCUCAAGGGACGGCCAUCGUAUCAUCCUCAUCCUCAUCCUCCCACCCCAACACCGGUGCGAUCGUCGGUGGCGUCAUCGGCGCUGUCUUGCUGCUCGCCAUCGCCAUCGCCCUCUUUAUCUUCUACCGACGAAAACACCGCGCCGCGCCCUCCGCCGAGUUCAUGCACAUCGCGCGCAACAGCUCCUCCGACCUCCUCCACUACCCGUCAGAAGAUGCGAGGGAGCCGCCCACACGGCAACGUUUGCUCGAGGACGACGACCCGCCGCCGCCGUUCACGCAGGGGAGCUGGUCCGACCCGGUCUACGAGAAGGUGGCGUCGUCCGCGGAGGUGCAGGAGCAGUACGCACAGAGUCAGCAUCACUACUCGGACGACGGUGGGCCGGACGGGCGGGGAGGGGGUUAUUCGUACCAUCCGUGA